GUUAGUAGAAAAUCAAAAUGAGUAAAUAGUUUUUUUAAAUAGUAUUUAGGAUAUCAUAUUUUUAUGUAAAUAAGUACUAUGAAUGUAAGAAAAUCACACUCCUCCUGAUAAUUCAAUAUCCGACAUAACAGCGACGAAACACGAAUCUUCAAGUGUUCAUUCCCAUGCUAAGUUAUCUAUUACAAGGUACUUUAAGUUUACGAGUAAAUUGGAUGCCAUUGUCGAGAGAUUUCAAACCGACUGAGCACAUUCCCUGUUUCCACUUCAAUAAUAUGAACACCGCGCCGCGAUCUUCAGUUCCACCAAAGGAAGUUCGCUCAUCCGAAUAGCCGGCUGAUAGGCUUUAUCAAAACAUCAUGCGUUGACUGACUGUGUCGCUACAAAGACAAUCACAACAUUACUAUCUAGGGAGAGGCAUACAAAACAGGCACAUGCCUCCAAGGCCGCUGAUACAAACAAUCUCGUUCCCGAUAAAUUAAAUUACAAAGCUUUUUGUGUAAUUUCAGCGUCCUUGAAUUAUCUAAUAUCAUAAAGAAAGUUCCCGUUUGUCGAUGAUAAUCAAUACAAUUAUAAUCCAACAACAAUAUUAUAGUAUCGCAUCAAUUGCUUAUUGAUAAUGUAAUACACGUCGGCUGGGGGAGUGGUUAUUACUUAAUAUCGGCAGUUCGGUUAUCAGGCCGGUGAUGCGAGCACAAGGGCGCGAUAUGUCGCUUCACGCUUAUUCGCACCGACUACCGGGUAGACGCACCUCCGCCAUGUAUCGCGGUAUCAAUUUUCGGAAUAAUAAAUCGUUAGUUUGAUAAAAUCACCAUUAUUAUUUGAAUUUUUCGUGAUCCUAACUGAGUUUCUGUUUUUGGCAGGACUAUGACCGCAAUAUGUUUCGUUUGCAACCUACCAAUAUUGUCUCAUCAAGUGGGACUAGUUUGGGCUGGCGGCAACGGUUGGGACGAGCUUACCAGAUCCACCUUAGAAGAGUCUACUCUGAGACAGAGACUUGGCAGUCGAAGGGAUUCUGCGGCACAAGUAUCUUGUCUCUCGCCACCAGAACCCGACGUCGAAAAUCAACCCAGAGGUGGACCCCGUCGCCGUCGGUCUUCUUUGGCUCAAUUAACCGACAUACUCCGCGAGUGGGGAGGUGGCGGCAGCGCUCCCCGCCGGCAGCGGGCACCACUCUCCCGCCGCGAGACGCUGGCGGAUCUCGCCCGCUCUUUACCCUGGGCGCGGCACGAACCUCCGCCGCGACGUCGACGAGACUCUUCUGCCGACUCCGGCAUUAAAUCCAUGGCCUCCAAACGCCGCGACUCUAAAGCGGCACCUCAAGAUUUUCGAUCGGAUUUUCCAAACUGGGAUCGAAAAGACUCAACCACUAUAAUGCCGUCAAGAGACAGACGCAUCAAAAGACGAGGCUCUGGCGAUGAAAACAAAGAGCGCAGAGAUUCCGUAGAUGGCCAUCGUCAUCGGCGUGACUCCGUCGCAGCACCACCUCGAAUCGUAGCAACGCAUAGGAAAAGGCGAGCGUCACCACCGACUCCAGCGCCACCAUCAUUUGUCGAUGCAUCUUCUGAUCCUGGUCCAUCGACACAUAUGCCUUGCGUGACAGUUGUUGCUAUUCAUGAACCCAGUCGAUCUGAUGGAGAAUGUCAAUCGAGUCAACCAAUGACAAUGCCUACUAUAAUUACAUCUGCUGUGACACCCUCACCUACAUCACCUACGCCACCAAAUUCUAAUGCAACUCAAACUGUACAGACUUCUACGCAAUCAGCUCAGGCAACUCCUGGAGGUCGCUCACCACCUAAUCUAGGAGGCCGUCGAGACUCUACCACACAAUGUGGUCGUGCUCGAAGAGAUUCUCGGGCUGCAGCCAGUCCAGAAAGAAGACUGGGUAGGUUACAACGCCAAGCUACUGCAUUUGAUGAUCCCAUAGGACCACCUGGAACUAGGCGUCGGGAUUCAGGCCCAUCGUUAGGACCUGAUGAUGAAGGGAGAGCUAGACGUGAUUCAUUAAGCCCUGACUCGGCAGUCAGACCCAGGCGAGAACGCUCUCAACUAAGUCCAGACCGGUCUGGUGGAGGAGAAUUAAGUCCAUCAGCGGCAAGACGUAGAAGCCGUCUCAGAAGGCAAGCUUCAUGUGCCAGGAUGGGAAGAGCUCGAAGCCCAGAAUCCAGUUCAUGCUCAAGUAGAGAUCCAAGUCCUUGCGCUCGACCGCCUGAAAGAACAAUGAUUCGAAGGCAAUCAACAACGGAAGAAAUAUUGAUAGCCCGCGGAUUUCGCCGGCAAUCAACCACAGAAGAGAUGAUUCGAUGUCGCAACUUCCGACGACAAAGUUCGCAAAGUGACGACGCGUGCAUGCGAGCUCGCGGCCGCCGCGACUCCUCAACGCAAAUACUAGAUGGAACUAUAGGGACCAUGACUGUUGAGACAACCAGCACCUUCUUUGACUCCAGUACGCAAACUGAACCAUCACCGCUGUAUGAUAACAACCACUAUCACGAGGAAUGUCUCCGCUGCAACUCCUGCGGGCUGAACCUCACCGGCCCCAACCAGAAACGCGCUCGCCGCUUCAAGAACCAGAUCCUGUGCGACCUGCACUUCGCGGACGUGGCGCUGAUGGAGUGCAGCGACUUCAUGCAGCAGUUGCGCAGCUUCAAGCCCCAGUCGCUCGGCUGCGCGGUCGCCCGGCGCAAGUCUUCCACCACGCUCAUAUUCCCGCUGCCACCGCAAGCUUGUUCAGAUGAGUUCUGCGAGGAGUACCCGCACAGCCUGAUCCCGACGCCGGGCUACUGGAUCGAGUGCUCGCGCCAGAAGAUCGCCACCGACACCAUCUGGGACGAGUCCGAGUCCGAACACGACAGCGGACCUGAUAGAGAUGGCGAUAACGAUCGCCACAGAAGAUCAGGAUCCCUUGACGAAGCAGCUGAAGACAGUAGCGACAAUGGCGGCAGUACGCCGAAGAAAAAAACAGCCAUCGAGGAACAAUGGGAGAGGUCAGGUGGCUUCGAACUCACCUCCGUGGAACAGGAGACUUACGAGAAGUACUUCUACGGAACAGAACACUGGAACUACUUCACAAACGAUGAGGACCUGGGCCCUGUUAUACUGUCCAUUAAGCAGGAGACGCUUAAUGGAAGGGACCAGUUCAGGAUCCUAGUCCGGGCAAUAAGCUACACAGUGCACGGGUUGAUCCCGGCAUCAUGCGUGUUCGCGGACCGGUACAACCGCGAGGAGGUGGUGCGCUCGCUCGGCAAGGAGGUCAACAUCAACCCGCCGCUCAUGCUGGGACAGUUGCCGGACACGCCUGAGGAACUGCUCAAACUUGACCAGGUAACAAAGAAAUAGAGUACUAGCUUUUACAUAUGGCUCUGCUUGAGUGUGUCAAUGUUGUGUGACAGUGUUCCUAUGACCCAAGGUCUUUUCUCAUGGGUUUCACUUUUUCUGCUGUAUCGGUUGACGGGGUAAACGUAAGAGUGUUACGAACGGCAGCAGCAAGUGUUUAGUUAGAGUGGUCGUUUUGUUCGAAGAUUACAUUGACUCUUUUAUAAAGGCUGCACUGAUGCACGAUUCGUUGAGGUCACGUCGCCAAACUCACUGAGCGGGGCAUGUCGCGGUUUCGA